UUUUCUCAUUUUUUCUGACGCACAUGUGCUCCUCGUGUGCACUGCAUCACAUGUGUGCUUCACAUGGGAGCACAAGCGUGUUCUGUCGUGGAGCACAGGUUCGCUUGGAAAGUACGAGUGUAUUCGUGCGAGGAGCAUGUGCUUUACCCAUGCCGGAGUACAUGUUAGUUUACUUGGGAGCACUUGUUAGUACAGGUUGAAAGCACAAGUUAGUAUUGUUAGAAGCACACACUGAAAGCACUCAUGCUAGUGCCAGUUGAGAGCACACAUUGGGAAGCACAUGUUAGGUUUAGUUGGGAGACGAGUUAGUUUACAUUUGGAGCACGGGUUAGUACCAGAUGGGAGUACAAAUUUGCCCCAAAAAUGUUUGUCAAAAACCUAUUAACAUGAGAUUUAGUUUAAAGAUAUCGACGUAUAUCGACAUGAGAUUUAGUUUUGAAAAUAUUGACGUGAGAAACAAUGGUAAGAACAGUUUCUAAUUUGGACGCAUGGUUCAAGAGAUAUUUUGUUUUAAAAAAGGAUCAAGAAAACACCAACCGAUCCAACCAUCCCUCAGUCGGCAGAAAUCUCACUAAAACUCUUAGAUUACGACAAAUGACGCACAUGCGGCGCCACUUGUCAUUGCUAGAGGAGAUGGAAAUCCCCUUUGCAAAAAGUACCUUAACAAACUUUUUUUAGAUAACCCUUGACACACUAAUUAUUUCUAUUAUUAUUGUUUUUGUGAGAGAAACUAGUUGUUGUUGUUAUUAUUAUUAUUAUUAUUAUUAUUAUUAUCUGACAAGUGUUUCUGCCCAUGGAUGCUGAUGCAAUACUGGGUAUACCUCUUUGCAUUAGUGGAGUAACCGAUUUCUGCUCAAGGUACUUUGAACGAAAUGGCCAUUUUAUUGUGCAAUCCACAUAUCGUAUGCUUGUUGAUACAAAGACUAGAGGAGAGAAUUGGCUCGAUGGGGUCCUUGGAUCAUCCAAUACUCAGCAAGCGAAUAAAGCAUGGAUAAAUAUAUGGAAUUCCAAGCUGGAAAUAAUCAUUUGACAUUGGCACAACAAUCCUUACCAUCAGGUGAGCUUUUACAUCAUCGACAUAUUAUCACUACGAGCAGCUGCACUCUAUGAGGGUGCUAAGACUCAUAGAGGCACUCCCUUUUGGACUGCUCGAAUUCUUGGUGAACCUGGGCUUUAAGCCAGGAGAGCAUUACAAAGAGUAUGGCGGCAUGCACUGAACCAAAUGCCAAAAAACUAGCUUUUUCAAUGAACGAGUCGUUAUCACAUGCAUAUUUUCACCUGGUUGAUCGUUACUCUAUGGGCAAUAUGGUUUUCAAGGAGAAAGGCAAUCCACGAGGAUAUACAUCAGAGUAUAAUUUCUAUUCAUCAUUUUGUCAACUCUUACAAUGCUGAGCUAAAUGCUAUUCAAGACCCAAAGGCUAGCCAGCCGAUACAAGUUCAUGAUACCGGAGAGAAGUGGCUUCCUCCAGGGACAAGCAACGAGAAAAUUAACAUAGAUGGAGCUUUCAAUCAGAACGACAGCAAGGGCACCGCUGCUGCUAUAUGUAGAACAGAGCAAGGAGUUUAUGUUGGAGCCUCGGCGAUUGUGGUGCAGAGUACCAAGGACCCAUCAAGCCUAGAAGCACUCGCUUGCUGAGAGGGCCUUGCACUAGCCGAUGAUCUUUCCCUCUCUCAAGAAUAGUUGUUGCUUCCGAUUGCAGCGUAGGAAUCAUUUUUCAACAAGUAUAAUUUAGUUUACGUAGGAAUCAUUUUUCAACAAGUAUAAUUUAGUUUAUGAAUGUAGAAGCUUUAAUUUUGAUGCUCAUUCUCUCGCAAAGCACACUGUUAAUUUAGAUGUUGGUAGGCAUAUUUGGCUGGGAAUACCUUAUGACCCUGCUGCAGUUCCUGUAAACAUUGUUUAUGAGUAAUAAAUAAUGUGUGUUUUGCCUAAAAAAACUAGUUAUUUCUAUUUUUUUAGGGGUACUAGUUUUUUUUUGAGGUGAACUAGUUUUUUCCAGUGAUUUCGGUGAGCCAGCCAUGCUGCUAGUGGAUGGGCCUGGUGCGCGAAAUGGCCCUUCUGAUCUCUGAGCUCUCCACAGUUAAGGCCCAUGGACUACUUUCAGCCCGUUAGCAAUCGACAUUGCCUUCGCUGCUACGCAGUCAUGUCUUCUGUCUUAGCCCACAAGGCCAUAGUCUCCCCUGCCCGCGGCGGCAGAACACGGCCGGCGAUGGAGCACGGGACGUCAUUGGCGGCGGCGCUCUGGGGGCACGAGCACCUCCCGCUGCUGGCCCGCGCGCGCUCCAAGGACUCGGUAGAGUACAUCCUGCAGGCCCUUUGGCGCACCCGCCGCACCGGCCUCGACGCCGCCGACCGCGCCAUCGUCCGCGACAUCCUCCAGCUCCCCUCCGACUCCGAGCUCGACCCCCUCUUGGUGUGCCUCCGGAUAUUGACCCGCAGGUGCGUCCAUGACAACAUCGCGAAGGAGGAGAUUCCGAAGCUUUUCCCUGCAGAGGUGUUGCCCGAGCUGCAAAGGCUGCUCACUUUGCUCCUGCAGAAGUUUCAGCCGGAGUGGCGAGAGGACACCUUAAAGGAUCAGGCAUCCGCGGCGAAUUCGGGAACAACAGAAGGCCAUUUGAGUAAAAAUCAAGACGCGUUAGAGCAACCAGCUACUGCACAGAUUCACUGUGGUGCAUCAUCAACAAAGGUGUCGUCUGAAUCAGGAGAGAAAGAAGGGAAGCUACAGUUAGCUAAGGAUUCCUUAGACAAAAUGCUCAACGAUGUAUACCCAGUCAGGGGCAAAGUGUCAAAUGCUGUGAGGCAAUACCAACGGGGGUCAUGGAGAAGCAGCAAGAAGCACUUAGGAAAGGAUGAUUGUGCUGCUUCUUUUUUAGCUCCGAGGGCAUUUUUUAAAUCAUUGGUAGAUAACAUCUUUGCAACUAGAAUUAUUGUGUUCUUUAUCAGACAGAACGCAACUUCUGCCAUGUUCUUCGGUCUUUACUGGUCUACGCCCUAGGGUUGAUGGCAACAUUGGAAAUAAGAGCAUCUCCAACAGCAGCCUAUUUUAAUGCA